GCCCGCGGCCCGCAGACCCCGACAAUAGGCGAGGCCCCGGGAGCGGUGCGGUCCGGCAACUUUCCUCCGGGGUCGGCUCCCGGGAGGCUCGGCCGGGCCAUGGAGGAGGGGGCCGGCGCCGCGUCCCCGCUCUGGAACUGGGACUACCUGGACCGCUGCUUCGCCCGCCGCCGCGUCUGCAUCUCCUUCGGCCUGUGGAUCUGCGCCGCCUGCUGCUGGAUCGCCGCCCACGCGCUGGUUCUCUACCUGAGGUGCACCAAGAAAUGUGGCCGGGACCAGUCGACACUGUGCGCGGCCUUCUGCCUCCUGACCAGCCUAUGUGACACCGUGGGGGCCAUUCUGGCCAGACAGCUCACGAUCCAGGUGUUCACUGGUGCCUACCUAGCAGCUGUCGACUUCGUGAACUUUAUGUCCGUUCUCUUCCCAGUCUGUGGCUCCAAAUCCAAGUCGAAGUCUGGUGGGAGCUGCAGGGAGAGGAAGAGCAGAAGGCACCUGAGAGCCAGGGUGUUUGCCCUGGCUCUGCCGCUGUGCCUGGGUCCCGGCUGGGCAGUCUGGGCUGCUGUCCCCAAGGCUUCAGCCCCAGUCCGAGGGCCACAACGGAGACUGCUGGGAAGCCUGCUGCAGGAAAACCCGGAAGUCUUCGGCUACCUGCUGGGUGGCAUCGCCGCCUUUGGCUCCUGGGCAUCCCGGAUCCCUCCGUUCUCCAAUAUCUGUCGGGGGAAGUCGCUCUCCUACAUCCACUUGUGGGCUCGGUUCCUGUCCGCUCUGGCUGGCCUCCUCUACGCCUCGGCCAUCGUGGCCCACGACCGGCAGCCUGAGUACCUCCUCCAGGCCACACCCUGGUUCCUGAUUUCUCUGGGCCGAGCUGCACUGGACCUCGCUAUCAUCUUUCUGUCCUGUGUGAUCAAGAGCAAGAUGAGAGGAGCCUUCGGAUUUGCUGCUGAAGUCAGAGAGGGCCCGGACACGCAAGCCCUUUUGACCUGCGCAGAGAGAGAAGAAGAAAGUCAGGAGGCCGGGACUGAAGACAAGAACCCCGACUGGGUGCCUCUCACCAGCCUGUCACACUGCAAGCCGCUGAGGACAAUGACAGCCAUCAGCCGCUACAUGGAGCUGACUGUUGAGCCUGUGCAGCAGGCAGGCUGUAGUGGCACCAGGCUACCCGGUGAUGGACAGACGAGCACCGAAGAUCCCUCCUUGCAGGAGCCUCCCUCAUACCCUCCCAUCCAGGUCAUCCAGGCCAGAGUGUCUUCCAGCAGCAGCUCCUCCGAGGUCUCCUCCAUCAACUCCGACCUGGAGCAGAAGUAUUGGGAAGCCCUAAACUCGGAGCAGUGGGACCCUGAAGAUGUCAACCUUGAAAGGAACAAGGACAACGUGGGGCUCCUUAGAUCACAGAUGCACAGGGGCUCUCUGAGCCCAGUGGACUUGACCUCCGAUGACUGACAUCUCCAGGAGCCAGUCCGUCAGUGCGGAACUCAAGGUCAGGCAUCGGUCAGUGACAAGAUGGGGACCAACCUACAGUGCCACUCAUGGCAGACGUGGAAGCUGCUGAAGAGGCUUCCCUAGGAGUGAGGAACCCCGAGCGGUCACUUCGCUUGGCUAGUCUACCCCACGGCUCAACAUGGAGCUAAGGCUGUGGGGUCUGUGGACAGAUCUGCACGUGCCAAGUUGACCCUCAUGAUGAGAAGUUCACAGAGGAACCCCCGUAUGUAAAGAUAAGCUUUCUCCCAAAGGACAUGGGAUCUGUUCCCAUGAGAUUCAAGCAUAGAUAUUGUUUGCUUAAUAACAGGAUCGAACUCACCAAGAGCUACUAUUUGGGUCUCAACAGAACGCAUCCUUCAAGACUCAAGUCAGCCCAGAUGAAAGAGCGCGUCCGUCAGCUAGGGGACCUGGGCACAAGAACUAACAUAACGGCCGCACCUUAUGUAAGACUGCCUGGUCAGCCGAAUAUUUGGAAGAUCGCUGGGAGGGCAAGGGUAAUCGAUAACUGAUCUUGGUAACAGGAUUCCCUCCAGCUUGGCAGAGUAUGUGCCGAGGCUGGGUUUGCACAUUAUGGUGUCGUCCGUGCUCUAGGAGGUAACAGAAAGCGUGCCAAGGAUAAGGGCACAAUGCAAAGUAUGACUUCAAGUAUGGCCAGGCGGUCGGAGGAUGAUCUCAAUACUGUGACCACGAGUGAGGGGAAGAAUGGAGGGGACGGGGCCAGCCAGGAGCAAACGCUGGAGUGAAUAAAAUGUGUGUGAAUGCAUUAAAACAUCUCACGGUGGAGCGCAGGGAAAAGUCGUCUGUCACAAGGGGAACUGGGAAAAUGCCAAGACACACACAGCUCUGCUCCGAGCUGGUCCGUGACCACCUGUGACUCAGCCGCAACGGCCCAGUUUCUCUUAGGGGCGCUGCAAGUCCCAGCAGUGUGAAGAAUGGGGUGCCGUGGAAGCUGGUUGGUUGUGCGGGUUUCUGCGUCGUGCCCAAUCCCCUGGGUGACCUCUAAACUAGCAUUCAAAGCCA